CAAUCUAGGUCUGACUUACCAGUGACGUUAGGCAGAGACUGUACGGGCGUGAUUACUGACAUUGGAUCAAAAGUGACACGACUGGAAGUAGGAGAUGAAGUUUGGUUGUCAGUUCCUUUUUGGUGCCAGGGCACUUUGUGUCAAUCCAUGUUGGUUUGUGAAAACAGAGUAGCCAGAAAACCAAAGAAUAUAGGUUUCGAAGGGGCUUGUAGUCUUCCAUAUGCUGGCAGCCUAGCCCUGUCAGCUUUAGCAGAGGCUCGAAUUGAGGCUUUAAACGCUAGACAUAAAAGGGUUUUAGUUCAGGGUGGUUGUACUCCCGUCGGGUGUGUCCUCAUACAGCUUCUGAACCACUGGCAAGCAGAAGUUACCGCUACCUGCUACCAGAGGGCUGUUCCCGUUGUAAAAGCGCUAGGAGCUUCCGACAUGAUAGUCCUUACUGAAAUGGACACUCCUAACGAAACUACAUUUUCAGAAAUCGAUCGACUCGAACAAAACAAUGCCUAUUUGAAGGAGCUUAAAACCAGAGGUGAUUUUUUUGACGUGAUCAUCAAAACAGGUGUGGAAUGCGAUUUGGAUAACCACGACCUAAGUAAUUUUCUCAAGACUGAUGGUACUAUUAUAUCGACACUUCCUCCUGCCUUGACGUCGGAUUCCUAUGGAGUAUUUCGACGAUUAUUACUUUCUUUCUACAUAAAUUUGAAAUACAAAUUACAGGAUUUUCUUGGAUUACCAAAGAACGAUUUCGAUGAAACUCAUAUGUGCUACGUCACGCUGGAUAGAUUGACAGAAUUUGUAGAAGAUGGGUACUUGCAAACCGUUGUAGAUAAAAUAUAUCAACCUCAUGAUAUAGAAAUAGCCUUGCAUCACAUACAGAACCCACAUUCUAUGGGCAGUACUGUCAUAACGUUUAGAUAACAAAAAUGUUGUUUCCAUAGCAUAAAAUCGAUAACUAACAUUGAUAAUUGAAAGUGUGGGAUUGUGAGGCCUAAGUUUUACAACCAGCAACAUGUUUUUUCUCAGAAUUACUUAAAAAAGGAAUUCAGUUUACAACUCAACAGUAGUGCCAUCAAAUGCCCAAUUUGAGGUCCGAGGAUUUGCCAAUGGGGGUGUAUUAAAGUAAUGUAUACUUUGAUUGGAUAUUUUGUAUGAUGGAGGCAGUAAUGUAUUUCGAUCAAGUAUCAUAAUCUUUGUAUGUUUACAUGUUUCAACUCCUCUGCUUAAGGUAGAAUAUUUACUUGUAUUUGUUUUUAUUUCAUUCCAACAUCACUUUAACAAUUAUGUGUUUGAGACAUACUUCUUGUAUAAUAUUCAAAGAAACGAAUCGAUUUCACAAAUUUUUCAGUAACCAUUUCGACAGUGGAAACAACACAGUGACAAAAAGAAUUCGGAAAGAUAAAUUGUGAUUAUGCUUAAAUAGUAAUGUUACAGUCAACUCCAGUAACAUGUUAUUAUGAGAAUAUUGGCAACAGAGCAUAUUGAUUAUACUUUCAAAUAUCCUUGAUAGAUAUCAAAGAAGUUUUGACGUCUAUCGAAGACGUUUGAAAAUAAAGCAAACCAUUUUGUGGAAUUGGCCGCGGUGGUAGUGCGCCCGACUCACGAUCGGAAGGCCGUGGGUUCGAUUCCCGCCUC